AAUGUUCAAACGAAUUAACUUUUGUGUAAUCAAGUUAGUUUCUGUGGACAAAUUCGAAAUGGUACUCAUGUGAUAUCGCUGAUCUCGGCCAUCCUUGUUUUCAAAUUCAGAUUAUAAUCCUUCUCUGUUCGGCAUUGUAGCGAAUGCGAAAAAAAGGUACAAUAUAGAUUCAACCGAGCGCAAAUGCAGCGAACCACCGAAGGAGAAAGCCGUACCGCAACAGUGACAAUUUUAAUCAUGUGGUUUGCUAUCCAAUAACUGGGCGCCCAAAAAUAGCAGUAGAUACUGUAGGUAGUGUUUUAAAAAGUGCUUCUGAUUUAGAAAGUUAAUUCCCAUUAUUGCUAAUCAUGGGCCUCGGCACGAAAAUCACUCUAGUAUCACUGGCUUCCCUCAUAGCCGCUCUGGGAGCAUACGUUUAUCAAAAGAAGAAAAAGGAAAUCAUCCCAUGGACAUGGGAGGAGGUGGGAAAAUUGACCAAACUGAACUUGUUCCCGCUGAAAAGUGGACAUCGAAUUGAGCUGCAUAAAGCCGAAUGCACCAAGUAUGGAUUGCGCCAAACUAAGGACGAAGAUGCGGUGCAACUCAGAGAUAGUUCAAAUUUUAGGUGUCUAGUUGUAUACUCGGAAAAGGACAAUGAGUUUCGAACAGCACGCACUUACCCAAAAAUGGUCCUAAUUGAUGUUUCAGUGCACGAUGAUAAAUAUUUGGCAGUAGAUGUACCUACUAUGAGAACGUUGUACGUUCAAAUACCCAUCAAAGAUGAAAACAAAGAGUCCUUUAUCAGAUUGCAUAAAGGCGAAGAAAUUUAUGCCAUUGACUGUGGAGACGAAGCUGCUUCUUGGUUUUCCAGAUACAUCUUGGGCAAAGACGUCGGUUUAAGGCUGGGCUUUCACGAUGCGAGCAGAAGCAGAAACAUCAGCAAAACGCAUAAAACCAUUCUGGAUUAUUACACGAAUUUGACCAAUAGCUCAACAGGCCUGUAUUCGGAUCUCACAGCUGUGUUACUCGUGAACCAUGCCUCAGUGAGAGACUUGAAUGCAAGAAUCGGGACUUCUAGCGUCUCUGUGGACAAUUUUAGACCCAAUGUGGUCGUGGAUGGGCCCCAGCUGGAAGCUUACGCCGAAGAUGAUUGGGAUUGGAUCAAAAUUGGCGACGUUGUGUUAAGGAACGUUAAGGAAUGUACCAGGUGCAUAAUGACAACGAUCGACCCGGAAAAUGCGAACCGAAGCUCAGACAGGGAACCCUUGAAAACUCUGGAAACAUAUCGUCUCAGCAAUGGACCAAGCAGGUUACCCACAAUGGGCAUUAAUUGUGAAGUGAAAGUAGAAGGAAUUAUUAAGUUAGGAGACCCGGUUUUCAUCUCGAAGAGUGUCUUGAGCUCAGCCACUAACGGAACCAUCAAACACUAAGUCUUCGUCCUGAUCAAACACUAGCAGUUUAUACAGGAGUUUAGCUUGCUUUAGAAACUACAUAAUUUAGGUACAUAUUUCCAAACCACUAUCCACAGUAUUAAAAUGAUCUGCGUUUAUUUUUAGCGUUAUCUACUGUUAAAAUCCCAUGUAAAUAAGACAUAUAGAUCUAAAUAACAGUUGAAAUGUACAUAUGCAGAAAGCUUAUUGCAAUUAGUGUCGUAGCAAAAUAAAAGUUAGAAAAACUGGAAA